CUAUGACUAUGAUCUCCGCUAAGGAAGCUCUCCAUAGAGUUCUGGGCGUUGCUCGGCCUUUGUCACUGGUCACCGCGAUUCAUGGCGCCCUCGGGCUCAUCUUGGCGGAGGACAUCCGUGCCCCUGAUCCUUUUCCUCCUUAUCGUUCUUCUAUUAAGGAUGGCUAUGCAGUGGUGGCCUCAGGCGGGCCUGGUGAGUAUCCGGUGAUUGCUGAAUCAAGAGCUGGUAGUGAGGGAAUUGGUGUUUCAGUUACUCCUGGGACUGUUGCUUAUGUGACAACUGGAGGACCUGUACCUGAUGGUGCUGAUGCUGUUGUGCAAAUAGAGGAUACUGAACAAGUGACGAGUUCUAGUGAUGGAUUAAAGUGGGUACGGAUAUUGAUUGGAGUAUCUAAGGGAUGUGACAUCCGCCCAGUGGGUUGUGACAUUGAAAAAGAUGCCUUAGUAUUGAAGUCAGGUGAGCAAAUUGGAAGUCCUGAGAUUGGUCUGCUUGCUACUAUGGGAUUCAUGACUGUGAAGGUUUACCCUAGACCAACUCUAGCUGUGCUUUCUACUGGAGAUGAAUUAGUAGAGCCAUCUACUCAACGCCUAAACCACGGACAAAUCAGAGAUUCAAAUCGUUCUAUGUUGUUAGCAGCUGUAAUGCAGCAGCAAUGCAAACUGGUCGAUCUUGGUAUUGCUCGUGAUGAUGAACGAAGCCUUGACGACAGCAUGGACAGAGCUCUCAAUUCUAGUAUUGAUAUUCUACUAAUUUCUGGUGGUGUCUCUAUGGGUGACCGUGAUCUGGUUAAGCCUAGUCUAGAGAAACGAGGGACCAUCCUCUUUGAAAAGGUCCUUAUGCGACCUGGAAAGCCAUUGACUCUCGCAGAGAUUACCAGAAAAUCAAACGGGGAAAAAUGUGACAAAACAGUUAUUGCAUUUGGUUUGCCUGGAAACCCUGUGAGUUGUUUGGUUUGCUUUCAGCUUUUUGUCCUGCCUGCAAUCCGUCAACUUGCUGGUUGGUCAAAUCCUCAUCUGCAAAGAGUACACACUCGCAUUGCCCAGCCUAUUAGUGCUGAUUCUAUUCGUCCAGAAUAUCAUCGUGCCAUAAUAAGGUGGGAGUUGGAUAAUGGUUCUGGUACGCCAGGAUUCAUUGCUGAGAGCACUGGGGUGCAAAUGAGCAGUCGUCUCUUAAGUAUCAAGUCUGCAAAUGCUUUGUUAGAGGUUCCCGCAACCGGGGAGAUACUUCCUGCUGGAACUUCUUUGCAGGCCAUACUUAUUUCUGAUAUAAGCAACUUUCAUCUUAGUAAAGGGUUCACUGAUCUUUGUAUCCAAAGCAAUGCUGAAUCCAAGCAAACAAGCAGUGCAUCACCAGAAACAAAGGUUAAAGUGGCAAUCCUUACAGUGAGUGAUACUGUGUCAUCAGGAGCAGGUCCUGAUAGGAGUGGUCCUAGAGCAGUGUCUGUCGUGAAUUCUUUUUCGGAUAAGAUGGGAGGAGCAUGCAUUGUUGCAACAAGGGUAGUCCCUGAUGACAUAAAUAUGAUCAAGGAGGUCCUUCAAACAUGGUGUGAUCAUGAUAAAAUUGACCUAGUACUAACUUUAGGUGGUACUGGAUUUACACCAAGGGAUGUUACACCUGAAGCUACAAAAGCUAUAUUAGAGAAAGAAACACCUGGCCUUGUUUACGUUAUGCUUCAGGAGAGUCUCAAGGUUACCCCAUUUGCAAUGCUUUCUCGAGCUGCAGCGGGGAUCAGAGGAUCAACUUUGAUCAUCAAUAUGCCGGGUAAUCCGAAUGCUGUUGCAGAGUGCAUGGAAGCUUUGAUUCCCGCACUUAAACAUGCACUUCGGCAGGUAAAAGGCGACAAGAGAGAGAAACAUCCUCGUCAUACACCACAUGGCGCCGCAGAGCCUACCGAUCAGUGGGAACAGAGCUUCAAGCUAGCAUCGGUGGAGCGUGGAUGUUCUUGUUCUCAUUGACAGCUUCGAGUUCGCAUUCGAUGAGUCUCUUGUUGAGUUCGGAUCUUAGACAUGUAUUUUCUGGCUUUUAUUUGCAUGUCUGAGGUGGAUGAUUGCUACAUUAUAUAUCAUCUCCUUGGAUGUA